CUGUCACGUUUUGCUUCUCUCCCUUGCCCCAAACUUCGCCCCGCUCCGGACCAGUGCGAGUGGCAGGACAACCCAGCGAGAGAUCCGUGUAUCAGCUGUUGAGAGUCUCAAUACCACGACACGCUUUCAACACUGUCUUUGGGCACGGGAAUAAAACGUAUAGAAUUCAUAGCUGAGUUUGUGUGAAAUACAGACGUAAGAUCUAUAUUUGGUGACGUCGAGGAAACGUUCAGUUAACACCGCUGGAGUUAUUCUGUUCGGUUAGCUUCAACCAGGAGAACUCGAUCUUAAUAUCUAGAUCUAUUCUGGAUAAAGCUGGUCUGGUUUGAGUGACCACAAAACCAACCAAAUUGACAGAUUUGCCCGUCUUGGCAAGACAGCGGCACCAGGAGGGAGCCCUUAUCUCAUCACGUGCUCUGAAUCCCAGUGUUUGAACGGAAGUGACAACAGGAUUGCUGUCCCCUGCGCUGGACGUAGGCACGCCAGUGUCGUGAUCAGAGGUCUGAGGCACACCUUGUCUCCCCGCAGUCGUAGAGUGGAAGCCCAGCGAACCACGAGAAAGCUCGCUCCGCGCUUAGCUCUUGUCUCUCAAAGGUGACGUGACACUUUCGUUUAUCCUUCAUUGCAAGGAGUUUUGAAGUCAAAGGCCUUUUGGAUAUCAGCGCAGUUGCGAAGCUCCCUUCAAGAAGUUUGAGAGAAAACAGAUUCCUUCAGGAUAUUGCUACAAUUAGUCAGGGUUCAAACACCCGCCGCAGACGAAACAGCGACAGUUCGAGACCCUUGUUCUAAAGAUUGUCCCAGCGCUCAUUCUGAGAAGGAUGGGGGGAUUUGUCGCUUUGUAUGUUGUAGGAGCGGCUCUGGUGCUUCAGACGACUUCAACUACCAAACGGUUUGUCCAAGCUGCUCGGGUUGUCCACCUGGUCAGUUCCAGGUCCAGGUCUGCUCCUCAACCUCUGAUACAGUCUGUGUAUCCUGUGAGAAAGGCCGAGGAAGCGAGUCUCUGGAGUAUGCCAAAAGCUGUCUGUUGGCAGAAAACGUGAAAAUACUUAGAAAUAAGAGAGAAGCUGAAGUUGCUGAGGAGAGUACUGCCACUGGCGUUGACGAAGUUGACGCUCGUGCAGCCAUCGACGAGCCGGAGGACGAACCAGUCAGUGAGGAGGAGGCGGAGCCUGAAAGUCAGACCGAUACCGAGAUCCAAAAUCCGAGCAACGAAGAUACAGAAGCUGUAGCAGUCGACGCAAGUGCAAAAGAAUCGGAAACUGAGGGCGUGCCGGCCAGCGAAGACGCUGGGAAUAACGAAGAGUUGGUUACCGAGACUGAAACGUCGCCACAGGACACUGACGAAGACGAUGAGCCUGCUGGGGAGGACAAAUCUGAAGCUCAUGUCGUUCCCGAAGGUGAAGGCGACGAUGCUGAUGAUGAUGAGGAUGAAAUUGAUGCUGAUGACGAAGCUGGUGAUGAAGAGGGUGCUGAUGUAUUAGCAGAAGACACAGAUGAGAACGAUGGAGAUGAUGAGGAACUCGGUGAUGCUGAGGAUGAGGAGAACACCGAGGGAAAUGACGAUGUAGCUGUACCAGAAACUGCUGAUAAGGAUAAUGAUGAGGUCACCGAUGACGACAGCGUCGACGUCAAAGUUGGUGCUGUUUUAGCAAACGAUGACGACACGGAUGACAAAAACGGUGAAUUAGGUGAUGAGAUUGACGACGAAGUCGCAUCUGAGCCUGCAGCUGCCGAAGGAACGGAGGAAGAUGAGACCGAAGGGGAAGAACCAAUCGCAGUGGCCGCAGAGACAGGAGAGGAAGAAGAGGAGGAGGAAGAGGGCACCGACACAGGAGCAGAAGACACAGCCGUGACUGCCAAUAGUGAUGACGAUGCCAAUACUGAUGUCGAUGGUAAUGAUGAUGAUGGUGAUAAUAAUGAUGAUGAUGAUGCCGAUGAGGAAGAUACUGGCCCCGAUACAGAACCAGUCAUUGUAGCAGCUGUGCCAGAAGAGGCUGAGGGCGAGGACGAGAUAGAAAACACCGACACAGCAGAAGGCACGGCGGAGACAGAUACCGACGAGACUUUAGCCGAAGCUGAAAGUGGUGAGUUAGACGAAGGCGAAGCUGAGGAUACUGAUGAGGAUGACAAGGACGACGCUGGGGGACAUGUAGCACCAGUAAUAGGUUUAGCAGCAGAGGGCGAAGGUCAGGAUAAGAAUGAAGGACCGACAGGAAAUGAAGGAGAAACGCCUUCAGAUGACGACGAUACAGCAGAUAUUGCUGAAGAGGGUGGAAGUGAGAACACAGAAGCUGCUGGUGCAACUGAAACUGAUGUUGAAGAUGAAGAAAAAGAAGAUAAUACGGAAUUAAUAGCUGCUCCUGUUGUAGUGAGCCCAUCUAAUGAUGACGAAAGUGCUUUCCCUGCACCCCCAGCAGAGAAAGAAGACAAUGCCGACGACAACAAUGGAGAGGAUGGCGUGGAAGAUGAAAAGAAAGAAGAGCCCAGUGAACUGCUUCUGCAGAACAGAGACAUUGACGAUGCCGAAAACGAGACUGCAGGGGAGGAGGGGCAUGUUGGUGCCGUGCAACUGUCCCCUGAUGAGCAGGGGGAUCACGAGGAUGGGAGUGAGAAGGAAGCAGAAGAGACAGACGAAACACCUGUAACCGCCGAGGAGGAGGAGGAGGAGGAGGAAAAGGAGGAGGAGGAUGACGAAGGCGAAGGGCAGAGCAAGAAAGAUGUUGGUGAGGAACAAGGCGAAGAUGGGCCUGUUGCAGAAGGAGAAAAUGACGAAGCCUUGGGAGAGGGAGAGGGAGAGGCAGAGGAGAAGGGAGAGGGAGAGGCAGAGGAGAAGGGAGUGGCGGGCAAUGUCGAUACGUAUGGAGAAGCGGGAGAAGAAGGAAAUAUAACAAUUGUUGCCAUAACAACCACAAAAGCAACGACUGUGGAGAGAAUACCGACUUUGGAAGAAGUGGAGGAAGCGUGGAGGAAGGAACACGGGGAGGAAGAAGAGGAAGAAACAGAAAGUACCCAACGGUGACGCUGAGGACACUAUAGAGUUUCGACCUUUGAACCAAGGAGGAACCGGUAUCUAUGAUGAAAUCGGCGGAGGCAGAGCUAACAACGGACUUUACCGUCAAGGGCCGAAGAUGGGUCCGCCCUCCCCAAGGUUCCACCGGAAGAGUGACGGCAACUUUGAGUUCCCAGAUAUCUACUCUCAGCCCCAGAAGGGCGCACAGACUUUAGCUGUCCCUGUUGCUGCUGCUGCUGCGACCGUGGCAUCUGAGUCACCAUCUUCCUCUGAACCACUCCUGAAAGGCCAAGAACCAAUGAAAUACAUCGACGAAUCCACGGACGACGAAUACGUAAACACCUCUAGAGAGCGCAUGCGCAUGGCACAGUCCCAUGAGCCUCAGCUUGGUCAGGUGACUGAAGAAACACCAUCCGCCACACCGUCUGCCUCUCAGUCUCCAGCCCCGACCUUUAAGAACGAGCGGACAAGAUCUGAGGAUACCAACAGCGGACACGGUGCUUCUGUUUGUGGAAGCAGUCACGGCUCCCUUACGACAGAUUUUGACUGACUUGCUAGGAGAAUGGGUGACCAGGGGACUAAUGGGAUAGUCCAGUCUGCCAAUUCAAACGGAGUUACCAAUUGUUAAAGUUGUUUGAUAAAAAGGAAAUUUGGGGGUAAUAUCUUAUUUGGAUCUUUUUAGUGGUGGAUUUUUUAAAGAAGGUUGCCCUGACCAUGGUCAUAUUUCAUUUAUAAUGUACGUAAAGGUGUUCAGUAAAUCUUUACCCUGACUAUGAGGGAAUUGCCGUAAAACGGGGAAAAUGCUAAAUGUGAUUUCUAUCUCUCUGGAGUUUUGAAAAAUUCAAAAAGAACGGUUUUGACUUGGAGAGCCCUUAUAGUGAAGGCAUUUCUUAAGUAUUAGGGAACCUGGGAACAAAAAUUCUUCUGCUGCACUGAGCGGUGAAGGCAGCUCAGACACAAAGCAGUGUGGGUAUUAAAAAUUCUCCCCCACCAACCCAUUCACUGUCUGACUUUUUCCUUUUCUAGAUUCUAAAUCUAGAACAAAAAAUUCUCAUAGGACAAUGUUUCGGUGUAGCAAUGUGCGUGCUAAAUUUCAAUUUUGUAGCUUGCUUCUUUCAUAUUCAGGGUAAAGAAAUUAAUUAAAUAAAAAGUGCCCCUUUUUUCAGUUUCCUAUGCUCUCAAAAACAAUGCAUUGCAAGCCGAAAGGAUGGUUUUAAGGAAAUGUUUUCUACAGUUUUUGUUUAGAUUAGUUUUGUACUUAUCUCAUUUGGAGACAGUGCAGGUUGGCAAACUGAGGGCUGAAAUGUCCACAGUUUGGGCUUUUUUUAUAAGGUGGAAAGAGGAGAACCGUUUGACACAUCGUGUGAUAAGAGUUCUUAUACUCAGUCUCAAUUUGCUGUCCUUUUGUUUGGGUACUGUCUAAACAAGGGGACAGUUAGAUUAGGAACAUUUUAGAUGUAUAAGCUUAUAAUCUAAAUUGAAUUACAGUGUAAGUGGGUAAAUAGUUAAGGAGAAUAUUCCGUUUUGUCAUAAGCUCUGUUCUAACGCAGGACAGUUGAGUUUUUUUGUUUGUUUUUGUUACAAAGGAAACUACUUUUACACUUUUAGUGUUCAUGUAUCUUUCAAAUCAGACUGAUUUUUUUUUCACAUUGCAAGUUAAUCAUUUUAUUGGGGUUUUUUAACUGCCUAUUGAAAGGUGGAAAAAGUUAGGUUUCGAGGUUACUUAAUACAAGGAGCUAAAUUGGAUUUAUUUAUGGCUCCAAAGGGUGUUGUCGGUUCUCGUUUUUUGUCCAAACCUGUCUCUCAAGAAGGACCUACAUUUUGAAAGAGUUCUGCGGACCUUUUGCUGACUUUGAUUGAUAAGAUAAAAGUUAACCAACUGGACUCUUUCGUGUCUCAUGAUGAAUUUCGUCUCACUUUUAAAUCCAUAAUUCCUUCACUUUUUUGUCAUAUCUUGAAUUAUGGCUCCUUCCAUUUUUCAUUUGACGGAUGUAAUUUUUCUAUCAUCAUUUUGGAAACUGAAUCCGAAUAUGCUUGUGUGUACUUUGCAUUUUUAUCAAACUAUAAGGAACCCACUCCAACUGUCCAACUGAGCAUAAUGUUUCUUAACGAAGUGGCAUUUCAUUCUAAAUUAAAUAGGGGAAACAAUUUGCCCUGUGGUGAAUGAUCCGUGCAUGCUAUCCCGCGAUUCUCGUAUUGGAAGGACAAUAACGCAUCGCCACCUUUCUACAAUGAUACAGUAUCCUGCCCCGCCCGGGUUGGUCCUCAGUUGUUCGGUCGAAUCUGCUCACAUCCUAAAGAAUAUAAACUUUAUCUAUAGAGGUGUGAAACUUUUACAUUUAAACCUGUACAACAAUCAAUGAUAAAGAAGUUUUUUUAUGACAAAAUCAUUCACUGAUUUCACAUAGAAUCAAACUGGAAGUUAAGACUGAAUAUCCACAACGCACUCUUCAGUACGAUAUUCAUUUAGAAAUAGAAAGUUUUAAAGGAUAAAAUACAGCUUACUUAUUAUGGUCAC